AGUUGUAUUCUGAACUGAUAAAAUGCGAAUUUCUCGAAUGCGCUGUUGCGUUGUCGGCAAAGUAAUCAUAAAUAGCAAAUCUGUAAUGCGCGUAAAUACCGUUUACGGGCCGGUAAAAUUGCAUGCCCCCCCCCGAGUUAUGGUUUACGGGGCGGGCGUGGCUAUCUUCUGGUUGUUUAUCCACAUCUAGGCGGCUGGCUUUUCGAAUCCCGAUAUGAAUUCCCCGGAGACGUUACCGGUCCCGUCCAUGUACACCGUGAGAGCGGCCAUUAUUCUGGACCAAGAUGGACGACGACUCUUGGCAAAAUAUUACGACGAUACGUUUCCAUCUUUGGCAGAGCAGCGGGAAUUCGAGAGACGGAUUUUUCUCAUGAGUCAGAGAUCUGAAUGUGAAGUUGUGCUUGUAGAUGGUGUGACCGCUCUGUGCCAACGUUUAUGUGACAUUACCUGUUACAUUGUUGGUGGCCCCCAGGAGAAUGAGCUGUUGCUUCUCUCAGCCCUGACGUGUUUAAGCGAGAGCCUGUGUCGCAUGCUUCGCACAAACGUGGAUCGGACACUGCUUUUGGAAAACAUGGAUACAGCCUGUUUGAUCCUUGAUGAGAUAAUAGAUCAGGGAGUCAUUUUGGAGAGCGAAUCUGACAAAGUUGUUCAAAGACUCAGCUUUAAGACAAUAUCCGAGCCAGCGUUUGGCUUUGUGCUGUUUGAUUAUCUCACAGGCAACGGUGAAUCGAGCGACUCCAAAAAAAGAACAGACGUAGAUUAGCAAUGAGUAGAACUCUGUAACCUAUAAAAUAUAUAAAACACCGUGUUUUCAUUUUCCUGUAAAUCCUAUAUGAUUCUAAGGCAAAGAAACAAAGGUCUCUACACUAAAUCACACAAACUGCGGAUGUUCUCUGCGAUGUACUGUUAUGUUUAAGAUUAUUGCCAGUGGUUUUUUCCUUGGAAGAAGAAGAAGUUUGAAAUAAAACAUUGCUUAAAAAAAA